AUGAGCGAAUCUGAGCUUUUGGGUUGGGAGACUAUUAUACGCAGCCCUAGAGAUGGAGCUGCUGCUGCCGGCGGCGCAGGGCAGCUGAGCGCUAGUUUAAGUACGCAGGAGCGCGCUGGCGGGAAGUGGAUUAAGGAGCUUUCGUCGAUGGCUAACGUGGUUGUUGGCCGAUGUGCGAGAGUCUUGAUGCUCAAACCGGAGGAGCUAAAAGCCAAUUUCGAGGAAGAGGCGCCCGCGAGCGCGCGAGAGCCCGCGCGGUACGCGCGCAAUUUCCUCGAGUACUGCUGCUUCCGCGCGCUGGCCGUGGCGACGCAGGUGACGGAGCAUCUCAAGGACAAAGACUUCCGGCGGUGGACGUUCGACAUGAUGCUCGCGUGGGAGGCGCCGGGAGCCUCGAGUCAGCCCACAGGACAGAUGGACGUGGAGAGCAGCGUGUGCAUGGAUGCAUUUGCUCGACUAGCUCCAGCCAUCCCGCUAGUGGCUGACAGUGUGAUGGUGCACGCGCUCUUUGACCUGCUCACCGACGAGUGCCAGGGCGGCCGGCUGCCUUUUGCUAUAUACAACAACUACCUCAGCGAACUUGAGAAGACGGUGAAGACAAUAAAGAACUCCACCACAGGGGCGUUGGCAUCGGCUUUAGGGAUUGUGAGGGGCGAGGAGGCCGUCAUUGAGACGGACGGACAGGCAACACAGCCAGUGCUGCAGCACAUAGGCGUCAGUGCCUGGCCAGGUCGCCUGACCCUCACAGAUUGCGCCCUUUACUUUGAGCCCAGCGGUGUCGUCUCAUACGACGCAGCAAAGAAGUUUGAUCUGGCAGCAGACUUGCAUCAAACGGUGAAGCCAGACCUCACUGGCCCAUGGGGGGCGAAGCUCUUUGACAAGGCCAUCAUGUACAAAUCCCACGCCAUAUCAGAGCCCGUGGUGUUAGAGUUCCCAGAGUUGACUGCACACAUGCGAAGAGACUAUUGGCUGUCCAUCAUCCGCGAAAUCAUAGCCGUCCAUUCCUUUGUCCGGACCUACAAGCUAGAAGGUCCGGCUCGCAGGCAGGCCGUAGCCAAAGCUGUGAGGGGUAUAGCGCGACUUAAAGCCGUGUGGAGCUUACAAAAAGCCCUCCCUACUGCCCCUGAGAGCCUCCUAACUUUUAUUGCGGCGGAUGAGCUCCCGGGCGGGGAUAAAAUUUUGCGGGCUAUGGCGGGCGUGCUUAAGGCAGAUUCGGGCAGCCCGAAAAAAGAACGGGAGCAGCUGGAGAAACUAGGGGAGUUUGCUGCUGCAGCUGUGAGAAAUGCAGGUGCAGCAGCAGCAGCAGUAGCAGCAUUCCUCCCUGGCACAGCAGGACUGAUGGGCGGAGGAGGGGCAGGGGCACUGGGAGUGGGCUCAUGCCCGUCUAUGCCUGUAGGGGAUGUGCUUGUAGGGGAGAUGACGGCUCUUGAACGGGCGGUUAAGAACUCGAGAGACAAGUCGAGUAAAGUGGCCAAGGCGAAGCGAUCAGUGGAGGAGGUGAAGGUGGAAGGCAUUGGGACGAACGUGGCAUUGAUGAAGGAGCUGCUAGUGCCAGUGAUGCUGCUAGGCCAAUGGUUCCAGUCCUUAGCCUCUUGGGAGGAGCCUAUAAAGACCAUGGUCUUUCUAGCCUUCGCUCUCUAUAUCAUCUACAAGGACUGGCUCGGGUACGUCAUCCCAUUCCUCCUCCUGACGAACGCGGUCAUCAUGAUGUGGCUCCGCUUCGUGCAACAGUCCGACAGACGCCGGCCGCCGAACCGGAGAAACGAGGUGGUGGUAAUCACGCCGCCCAAUCAGAGCGCUGUGGAGCAGCUGGUCGUGCUGCAGGCUGCUCUCGCUCAGGUGGAAGCGGCCAUUCAAGCACUCAACAUAGCACUCCUCAAAGCACGAGCGCUAGCCCUCUCCGAGCUUCCAACAGCUACAGACGAGCUGAUCGCCGUCCACAUAGUCCUAGCCAUCCUUCUCGCCAUUCUGCCGGUGCGGGUCGUGGUGCUGCUGGUUCUAGGCGAUGUGUUCACACGAGAGAUGGAGUUUAGAAGAGACCAGACGCGGCGGCUCGUAAGGAGGCUAAGGGAGUGGUGGCACCAUAUUCCGGUGGUUCCUGUCCGGUUCAUCGAGAGGGAGAAUGAUGCAGACUUCUACUAG